AUGACGGCCAAAAUUGAAGCCCUGAAGGACAGAGACGAUGAACGCAAAGCGCAUACCCCCUCCCACCAAAUGAUGGCAAAGACUCCUAGUACUCCAAUGACAGCAUCAAAAGCGAACUUUUGGUAUCGCGACGAAGAGGAUCAGAUGCCCCUUACUCAAGCGCGAAGCAGCACCUCUCAUUUCGCGGUGAGUACAUCAACUGCUGCGUUGCGAGCCUCUAGUAGUACCAGCGCUUUUGAGUCGUUCGACACACCAAAUGCAAAUCGCAACAUUUCCCCCUAUGCUUCAUACACUUUGCCCAAGAGCGGUGCCGAGCUCAACCAUCUCCGCCAACAGGUCAGUGCCGAAUACUCGAACCGGACGCAAGCACAGAAGUUGAAUGGUACCCGGCCUCAGACACAAAAUGCUAUAUUCACCCCCGCCCCAGAGCGCCUCAGUCAGAUCUCGACACCUUCAGAGCCUGAGAGUGCCGCUACAUCCACCACCUCCCUUCGAGAUCGGCUCAAGGUGGCGCGACUUCGCAGCAACUCAAAGACACAAAAAGCAGAGGCCGAUAGUGAUCCAGCGAAGCAUACUCCUAUGCUGCCGCCUAAACUCCCAGCCUCUGCGACAUGGAGCAAUCUGUCUACGGCCGCUUCAACAAGCCCAAGUCUCAAGCCCUUGUAUCUCAAUCCUCGCCGACAGUCUUCUAUUUCAAGUACAACAAACUCCACGACUCGCAAGCCCAGUGUCAGUAGCGACAAAAGCCUCACUCUGGAACCUACCCCUUCCAAUGAGUCCGUUGAAAGUGAUCGCUCUAGACGCGCGCAGAGCACGUACAUCUCCCCGGUUCACAAAAUCAUCAACAGUGCCAGGUCUAGUGUUGCGGCUGCUCCGCGAUCUAACGAGAACACCAUUGAUCCAGAUGUGGUGAUUGCAGACGAAGAGAUGAAGCGACUUGGUGCCAAACGCAAAGACUUUGAAAAGGCAGCGCGUGUGCUGGACGACUUGCGUCGCAAGGCUGGACCAAAGGAUCGUGUCAGUCCGGCUCAGGCCUUGAAGAUGGCAACUCUUAAUAUCUUUGAACGUGGCGAGAUCAUCGAUUAUCGGGACAUUUUCUUCUGCGGCACCCAGACUGCUAAGAAACACGUUGGAGACCUCCACUCCAGUGCGGCCAACUUUGGUUACGACGACGAGCGUGGAGAUUAUAACAUUGUUAUCGGUGACCACCUGGCUUACCGGUACGAAGUCGUUGAUGUUCUGGGCAAGGGCAGUUUCGGUCAGGUCGUGCGAUGCGUAGACCACAAGACCGGGGCUCUGGUUGCGAUUAAGAUUAUUCGCAAUAAGAAGCGAUUCCACCAGCAAGCCCUGAUUGAGGUCAACCUUCUACAGAAAUUAAAGGAGUGGGAUCCUCACGGCAAGCAUAGUGUGGUUAACUUUACCCAGAGCUUCUACUUCCGUGGUCAUCUGUGUAUUUCAACCGAACUCCUUGGCAUGAAUCUUUAUGAAUUCAUCAAGGCUCAUGAAUUCCGAGGGUUCUCGUUGAAGCUAAUUCGUGUUUUCACCAAGCAGAUGCUGAGCAGUCUUGUGCUAUUGCAUGCGAAGAAGGUCAUUCACUGUGACUUGAAGCCCGAGAACAUUCUUCUUGUUCACCCCCUGAACUCUGAAAUCCGAGUCAUUGAUUUUGGUUCCAGUUGCUUUGAGAAUGAAAAGGUCUACACCUACAUCCAAAGUCGCUUCUAUCGUUCGCCUGAGGUUAUCCUUGGAAUGUCGUACGGUAUGCCGAUAGACAUGUGGAGUUUGGGUUGUAUUUUGGCUGAGCUUUUCACUGGCUAUCCCAUCUUCCCCGGAGAGAAUGAACAAGAACAGCUUGCUUGUAUCAUGGAGGUCUUUGGUCCUCCGGAAAAGCAUUUGAUUGAGAAGAGUUCACGCAAGAAGUUAUUCUUCGAUUCUCUCGGCAAACCACGUUUGACUGUUUCCUCUAAGGGACGCCGCCGUCGUCCAAGCUCUAAGGAACUCCGGCAGACGCUCAAGUGCGAUGAUGAAGCUUUCCUUGACUUCAUCACUCGCUGUCUCCGCUGGGAUCCUGCUCGACGACUUUCGCCCCACGAUGCAUUGAAGCAUGAAUUCCUCACGGGUAUCAAGGCUCCUCGGUCUAGGAUGUACUCAACAAGUUCACCCUCCAAGCGGGUUGUCACGUCGGCCGCUCGUCCUCUUCCCGAGCCUCCGGGAUCUACGCUGAAGAGCGGGUUCAUCCGCUCUCGCGAUGUCUCGGGUACUUCCCCAGUCAAGAGUAGCGGUAAACGCCACUCGACCAUCAACGGUCCACCAUCCAGCCCCGGCAAGCGAGGCUCCAAUAAUUCUACUGUCGGAUCCGCCCUUCCUCGCGUUUCGGCGCGGAGUAUCAGUGGGAAACCAGACCUCGCUACUGCGGCGGCUGCGACAAGUCUGGUGAGUUAG